AUGGGGCUCUCCACCAUCAUAGACAUGCUGGAAGGAGCUUUCUAUGGUCUGGAUCUUUUAAAGCUUCAUUCAGUCACCACAAAGCUGGUGGGACGAGUGGAGAAACUGGAGGAGGAAGUUUCUAAAAAUCUCACCAAGGAAAAUGAACAGAUCAAAGAGGAUGUGGAAGAAAUUCGGAGGGAAUUGAACAAGAGGGACAAAGAAAACUGCUCCAGCGAAAUCCCAGGAAGCAUGCCGGGACUUCGGGCAGCCUUGCAGAGGGAUGCUGCCGCGGCAUAUGCUCUCCCCGAGCAGCAAUACGAAGAGCGGUUUCUACAGGAAGAAACAGUGUCCCAACAGAUCAACACCCUCGAUAUCCUUCCGCUUCAGCAUCCAGCACCUCCGGAGGUCAUGACGCCGCGGAGGCCCCUCCAAAGGCAGAUCCACUUGAGGGGACGUCCAGCCUCCAAACCCACCGUCAUACGGGGCAUCACCUAUUACAAAGCCAAGGUCUCUGAGGAGGAGAAUGACAUCGAGGAGCAGCAAGAUGAGUUUUUCAGUGGAGAGAAUUCAAUGGACUUGCUCAUUGAAGAUCAGCUCUUGAGGCACGAUGACCUGUUGACCAGCACCACCAGUAGGCCAACCACAGUGGGAGGCUUGUCUACUACGGACAGUGCCACCAUGACCACAGACUAUAGCACUCAGGCUACACCUUCCAAAAUGGCAGCCACUUUACUCCCACCUAGAGCUUCCACUGAAUCUACAGUGGGAGUCACCAGCUCCCCUUUUACCACCUUGAGCAACCAAGUCCCAGUGAUGCCUACAAGUACAGAAUCCCCAGAUGAUAUCCAUGAGGUGACCUCCCAGGUACCAACCACCACAGUAGCACAAACUACCGUCCAGGAGCCAUUAACCACAGCGACCUUUACAACCACAGUAGCCUUGGAUGGAAUGGCAACAGGCACUCCCAUUGCUCUGCUUCCUCCCACCACCGAGGACUCACUUGGGAUAGACACAGCUUCGGCUGGAAAGGGCACAACUCCGUCCAGCCCUACCCUGAGCCCAGAGGAAGAAGAUGACAUCAGGAAUGUGAUCGGAAGGUGCAAAGACACCCUCUCCACCAUCACAGGUCCCACUACUCAGAACACUUAUGGGAGGAAUGAAGGGGCAUGGAUGAAAGAUCCCUUGGCCAAGGAUGAGCGAAUUUAUGUUACCAAUUAUUACUAUGGCAAUACUCUGGUGGAGUUCCGGAACUUGGAUAACUUUAAACAAGGUCGUUGGAGCAAUUCCUACAAACUCCCCUAUAGCUGGAUUGGCACAGGCCACGUAGUAUACAAUGGGGCCUUUUACUAUAACCGUGCCUUUACUCGCAAUAUCAUCAAAUAUGACCUGAAGCAACGCUACGUGGCCGCUUGGGCCAUGCUCCAUGAUGUAGCCUAUGAGGAAGCCACACCAUGGAGAUGGAAGGGCCAUUCAGAUGUCGACUUCGCAGUGGAUGAGAAUGGCUUGUGGCUCAUCUACCCGGCUCUCGACGAUGAGGGCUUUAGCCAGGAGGUUAUUGUCCUUAGCAAACUCAACUCCGUGGACUUGAGCACGCAGAAGGAGACCACUUGGAGGACUGGGCUCCGGCGCAACUUCUAUGGGAACUGCUUUGUUAUCUGUGGGGUGCUCUAUGCUGUGGACAGCUACAACCAGCGCAAUGCCAACAUCUCCUAUGCCUUUGACACCCACACCAAUACCCAAAUAGUACCACGGUUGCUCUUUGAAAAUGAAUACUCUUAUACCACCCAGAUAGACUACAACCCCAAAGAUCGCCUACUUUAUGCUUGGGACAAUGGCCACCAGGUCACCUACCAUGUCAUCUUUGCCUACUGACACCUCCUCCUAUGCAAGUUGGGGCAGUA